ACGAGUGUCACCUCUAUGACCUGCUGCAAGUAAAACAAAAAAACAAUAAGCAAAUUAUAACUUUGUUGGAAUCUGGUUAGAUUAUGGGGAUUGCCAUCCAAAAAGGCGAACGGGAGGCGUAAGUGAAACCAGCCGAGGACGAACUGCAUCCAAUGCGCCUGCUUUGUUUGCUUUUAAGAAGCGCUGGUGUCAAGCAGCAGGUGUUUAGAUCGAGAUCCAAAUCCAAAUCCAUGACCAUUUCUCGGAAGGAUUCCAGCCAGAGGGUGUUGUGAUGGAGCGCUAGGUUGUGGCGAGGAUGUGGCCAGCUGCCCUGUCCCGCCUGCUGAGACGCCGCAUUGUCUACAUUGUGCUGGUGCUGCUACUACUCGUUUACGGAUUCGGGCACCUCUUCGAUCGGGACUCCUUUGCUGGUCUGCGCUAUGACGAGUACGUGGUCCAGCGCACCCGACCGCUGCUGUGGACACAGCAGCUUCUGGCACCGGAGGAGCAGCUCAAUCGCACACGCGGCGAUCCGGAGGCACGCUGCCGCAACUCAGUGCAGGGUAGCCGACUGCUGGCCGACGAGCGGGGAUUCGUGUGCCGCCGCGAGGAGGUGCUGACCAGUGGCUGCUGCAAUCCCGAGUUGCCUGGCAUAGGCUAUUACAGCUGCCGCACCUGUAACACCAGCACCCACUGCUGCAGCGUGUACGAGUACUGCGUCUCCUGCUGCCUGCAUCCCGGCCAGCAGCCGCUGCUCGAACGCGUCCUGCGAGCACCCAACACGCCCAAGUACAUCUUCGCCAGCGUUACGGAUCACUUCGAGCUUUGCCUGGUCAAGUGCCGGACGAACUCGCACUCCGUGGAGCACGAGAACAAGUACCGCGAUCCGGCGGCCAAGCAUUGUUACGGUCUCACCGAGGCGCAUGAAUCCCAGCGGGAUGUGGCGCCACAGGGAGCGAGUCGUAGCUGACCACUGGUCACUGCCGCUCCUCCUCCGUCCAAUGCGAUGAGAUUUCUUCUGUAAAAAGUUCCCAGCCCGAGAGAUUGACGUUGAACGGCCGAGCCUUACCUCGAACUAGAAAUUAUGAUGUUAUUAAUGACCAUUUAGCGAAAUGUCAGGGAAUGCUAUGCUCUAUUAGAGGGUAUUUUAAUGGGAUACACUUUUUUGACAACCAAUUUCCCACAUUGUACAUUGUAGUUUAUUUAGUUUUCAUAAGAAUUAGCCAUUUCUGCUAUUAAGCCACCUUUUUUUAACCUGAGACCAAUUAGAACCAACGUAAAUUUAAAUCGAAUUUAGGUUGUAGUAAUAAUACAUUUUUUACGCUUUCUUAAAAUAGCUUCAAUUAUUUUUGUUAAAAACGGAACUGACAUCCUAACAUUUCAAAGAAUAACAAACAGGCUCAAAAGCUCUCUUCAACUGCAUAUGAUUUAAUAAAUUAGUAAAUAGAUAGAAUUUUUGUAAAUAAACUUGUAAAUGUUAAUCUUAUAGGUGCAAUUUUGGUCUAUGAGUGAAGACCUUAAGUAACAUUAUUUAUUGAUGUUUGAUUGUGUAAAUAGUGCUUGAAAAUAAAUAGGAAAAAACCAUAAACAGAAA